CCAAUUUGUUUUGUUUAGAGUAGUGCUAGAUCUUCGGUCCUCGUUGGCCAUGUGUCCCACAGCAAGAAAUUCGAAGGAUGCCCACCUAAUCUUUAAAUUUAGAGUGGACAAAGAACAAGAGAGAGAAAAGCUGCAAUCUAUUUUCAUUCACAGCUUUCUCAUAAAGAAAAAUGAAAAAAAGAAGUAAGCAAGCAUUAGUGUAAUGGUCAGUGAGUAGAUGAGUCGGCAUUAAAUUACAGUCUGCACUCCAUGACUCUCCUUAUGCUGUUUUUCCUCGUCAAUCCCUCCUCUUUUUCUUGAUGAAACUUUGUUUUUUUUUUAUUAGAGCAAAAUGUAAAAAAAUGGGGUCAAACUUAACAAGGGUUUCGAUAGUGACAUUAACUGGCGCCUUACUUUACACUUCAUCUUGGGCCCAUUUGUCACAGUAAUCUUAUGUCAUGCCCUUUCCCCUGUGUUGAUGCUGCUAGAUCUGGUGCAAAAGAACCCAUUUGCCUAAUUUCGAAACCUUCAUUGUUCAAGAUUCUCUCAAUUAGGUUUUUAGUCCUUUUGAUGAUCAGGAGAAUUUUCCUUGUUCAAAGUAAAGGAUAUAGAAGACCCCCCAUGUCUGUCUCUUUAUCAUGGGACCAAAUCAAAAAUUCAUUUUUAGACAUUCCUUAAUUGAAUAAUCAAGAUUAAAUUUUUGAGGCGUUUGAUUCACCGAUGGAUGGUGUAUUGCUUUCCAGGUAUAUCUCAUUUCCCACAUUCUUGUUAUUGUUAUUGUUGUUGGUAUUAGCCGCAUUGCCGCCAGUUAAAUCUGGUGAUGCUGAGUCUCUCUUGGCUUUGAGACCCUCAAUAGAUCCUUUAGGUAUGCUUCAAUGGGGAAUUCAGGGAAUCAAUGUCUGCCAAUGGCAAGGUGUUAGAGAAUGCCUGAAUGGCAGGGUAACAAAGCUUGUGGUUGAGAGAUUUAACCUGAGUGGCAAAUUAGAUGGCAGAAGCCUCAACCAGUUGGAUCAGCUAAGGGUCUUAAGCUUUAAACAAAACUCGCUUUCUGGCCAAAUCCCUCAACUCCCGGGCCUUGCCAAUCUGAAAUCACUUUUUCUCAAUAACAAUAUGUUUUCGGGCCGAAUACCGGUUAGUCUCUCUCAUCUGCACCGUCUCAAAGUCAUUGUCCUGUCCAGUAACAGGAUUACAGGCCCAAUUCCUCCGCCCUUUGUCGGUUUGAAUCGACUGUACGUUCUCUAUUUGCAAGACAAUCGGUUGACGGGACUUAUACCUCCUUUUAAUCAGAGCAGCUUGAGAUUCUUUAACGUAUCGGAUAAUUCACUCUCGGGAAAUAUCCCGGCAACUCAAGCACUGACCAAGUUCAAUGAAUCCUCAUUCGUUGCUAACCUUGACUUAUGCGGCGGACAAAUUCGUCGACCAUGCGACUUUUUCAGCCCCUCAGCGAGCCCAUCGUAUACAAAGCGACACAAGAAACUCGUGUGGAUUAUUUCCCCGUGUGUUGUUGGUUUUGUCUUGUUGUGUGCCAUGACAUCCUUCUUGGCUGGAUGUUUGAGAAAGACGAGUAGACAAAGGGAAACAAGAAGAAGUAAAGGGGUUACUCGGGGGGUAGAAGAAGGAGGGCCGAGUGGUGUGGCUAGUGUUAGUGAGGAUGACCAUAAUAACAACAGUAGUAACGGGAGUAAAAGAGGGGGGUUUUCGUGGGACCAAGGGGCCGAGGGACUAGGGAGCCUGGUGUUCCUGGGGCCGGGGGAUCAAAGAAUGAGUUACGGGCUGGAGGAGUUGUUGAAGGCAUCAGCUGAGACCUUGGGACGUGGGAUCAUGGGGAGCACUUAUAAAGCGGUCAUGGAGUCGGGGUACAUUUUGACUGUGAAAAGGCUUAAGGACGCCAGGUACCCUACUAUGGAGGAGUUUAGGAGGCACAUCGAGAUCGUGGGCCGGCUGAGGCAUCCGAAUCUGGUCCCGCUCAGGGCUUAUUUCCAGGCGAAGGAGGAACGUCUGCUCGUAUACGAUUAUUUCCCAAACGGGAGUCUUUUCUCACUUAUACAUGGGUCAAGAGGCGCAGGCGGGUCGAAGCCACUCCACUGGACAUCUUGCAUGAAGAUAGCCGAGGACCUAGCUGCUGGGCUCGUCUACAUCCACCUGAACCCGGGCCUGAGCCACGGCAACCUCAAGUCCACCAAUGUCCUCCUGGGCUCCGAUUUCGAGUCGUGCCUGACGGACUAUGGACUCUCCACGUUCCGCAAUCCAGAGGCACACGAGGAGUCGGGAGCCUCGUCCCUCUUCUACCGGGCCCCCGAGUGCCGCGACCCUCAAAAGGCGGACGUCUACAGCUAUGGGGUCCUCCUGCUGGAGCUCCUGACUGGCAAAACCCCAUACCGUGACCUGGUUCAGGAGCAUGGCUCAGACAUCCCCACAUGGGUCCGGGCCAUCCGUGAGGAGACCGAGUCCGGGGAUGACCUCGUGUCCUCCAACGACAAACUCACUGCCCUUCUCAAUAUUGCUAUGGCUUGCCUUUCGCUUCAGCCUGAGGCCCGCCCCACAAUGAGGGAGGUCCUCAGGAUGAUUAGGGACGCCCGCGCCGAGGCCCACCUAUCCUCAAACAAUAGCAGUGAUAAUUCACAUUCGCCUGGAAGAUGGUCGGAUACCGUGCAGAGCUUGCCGAGGGAGGAGCAUUUGAGUAUAUGAAGGCAAUUGUAUUUGUUGUGUAUUAAUUGUUCUUCUUUUUCUUUUUCUGGGAAUUUCAAGUAAAUGUAAUGAUUAGAUAAUGUUGCCAAAUGAUUUCCCCGGAAAUUUUUGAGUGUUUUCUCUCUUCUGGUGGUGAUUGCAUCGUUUGCUUAUUGUUUGUAGAUUAGCUUUUGGUUUGAUUAAAGUAUUAUAAUUUUUAAUUGCACAAAUGUUUCGCAUAUGUUAUUUUUAUGUGCAUUUAAAAGUGAUUAUUG